UGAAAUAAUUAAUUUCUGAUCGAAAGAAUUGAAAUAUUUGAAUUCGAAACAUAAACGUCAAAGCAAUCAAAAGAUUCUACAGAAACAAUGGCCGACAACGUGUUUGACAACCACUUGACUCGGAACAAGUCCGAAAAUUUGUAUUUGGAUUCGAAAACAGCCGACGUGAAAUUUGUGUUCGGCGCUGGAACUGAUCACGUUGAAACUGUCCCAGCUCACAAGAGUAUCCUGUCGAUAGUCAGUCCAAUGUUUGAUAAAAUGUUCUACGGUUCUUUGCCCGAACCGGGUGACGUCCCAAUCGUUGAUGCAUCUGCUGCGGCGUUUAAGGAAUUUCUCCAAUUUUUCUAUUUGAACAAAGUUCAACUCACGCCCGAACAUAUCAUCGAUGUGUCAAAUUUGUGUAAGAAGUACGAGCUAGUGGAGGGGCUGGCAAUCUGUGAAAAUCCAUUGCAAAAGUCAUUCAGCAUCGACGAGAUGUGUUCCGGCUAUGCAUUGGCCAUUCUGCUCGAGAUAACGAACACGAUACAGUUUUGCGAGAAAAAGAUCAAAUUGAAUGCGGAAGCAAUUUUGAAAUCGACCAGCUUUUUGAUUGCAGUUGCGACACGCUCGACAAAAUACUUCAGUUGGUUACACCGGAUAUGAAAUCGGUGAACUGCAGCGCAUCGGCGAUCGUUGACGCGUGCAUGGCCUGGGCCAGAGCCGAAUGUGGAAGAAAGAAUCUGGAAGAAAUCCCAGCAAAUCUUAAGGUUCAACUGAAAGAACUUUGGGCAUACAUUCCAUUUGCUAAAUUGAGCAAAGAAAACUUCGCACAGUUUAUGACCAACUACAAUGGUUUUUUGAACGAGUCAGAUUUUGCUGCAAUUAUUUUGAAGGCCAUUGAACGUGCUAACGUGUUGGAUUGCAACCGCGAAAUUCAAUCGUGCUGCUAUAGUGGACAUAAUAAUAAUAAUCAUAGCUAUGGC